UGCAGGGAAGUCGAACGAACUGCGAACAAAAAACAACUCCGCGGCACCCGUACUCUGAUGACGUCACGGCCAAACAUGGCGGAAUGAGCAGAAGAGACAACAACAAACGUGUUUGUUUGUGAAAACAUGAAGAAACUGUGAAAACAAAGCUUCGUCCUCGCUGCUGUGAAUCCACGGAGCCUCCAGGGAGAAGUUAAAACAACAAUGAUCAGCAGAGACUGUGUUGUUGUUGCUGUUCUAGUGAAGGAUGGAGAGGACUCAUGCUGCUGAGUUCACUGAGCUGUGGAGGAGCAACACCAACUACAUCCAGGACAACAAGAAGACAGGGGACUCCAACAACACACAGGACAACAAGACAGGACAGCAGAUCACCAACUACAUACAGGACAACAAGACAGGGGACUCCAACUACAUACAGGACAACAAGACAGAACAGCAGAUCACCAACUACAUCCAGGACAACAAGAAGACAGGGGACUCCAACAACACACAGGACAACAAGACAGAACAGCAGAUCACCAACAACACACAGGACAACAACACACAGGACAACAAGAAGACAGGGGACUCCAACAACACACAGGACAACAAGACAGGACAGCAGAUCACCAACUACAUCCAGGACAACAAGAAGACAGGGGACUCCAACAACACACAGGACAACAAGACAGAACAGCAGAUCACCAACUACAUACAGGACAACAAGACAGGGGACUCCAACUACAUACAGGACAACAAGACAGGGGACUCCAACUACAUACAGGACAACAAGACAGGGGACUCCAACUACAUACAGGACAACAAGACAGGACAGCAGAUCACCAACAACAUACAGGACAACAAGAUACAGGACAACAACAUACAGGACAAGAAGAAGACAGGGGACUCCAACAACACACAGGACAACAAGAAGACAGGACAGCAGAUGACUGAGACUGCAACAACCAGCAUGUGUCAUAAAGAUUUUCAGAGUCCUCAGCGCAGAGGCUGCAGCAGAUACACCGGUUUGAAUAAUGGCGACUCUCCAGGUGAUGUGGAACCGACACAAGACAUCAUCUGGGAUCCCACAUCACCCACUUCAGCUACUACCGGGCUCAGGAACACCAGAGUUGUGGAAAUAUCAGAUAUUGUCAACCGUAUCGCUCCAAAGGAUGUGAAACGGAAAGGGACUGAGUCUCCUCUGCUGCAGUGGAUAGGUGACAGCGCCGUCCCUUGCACACCCGACAUCCCAAAGCCAAGAUUCAGGAAGAAGUCCUCUCGGCAGAGCAGUGUGGACGACCUCAUGAAACUGGCCAGGCAGUUCGACGAGAACAUGCAGCAAGACAGGGAGACUUCAGCACAGCUCAACGCCGUCAACGAGAACCUCAACGAACGUGCAAACACUUCGAAACCACAACUGACAGAGACGUCAUUCCCCGGCAAUGUGAAGGACCUGAAAUGUCCGUCCUCGUCGGAUCAGGCGGAGGCAGAGCUGCACGCUCUGUUCGACUGCUCCACUCAGAAAGUCAGCGGCCGGCUCAGCCAGGGCUCCUCAGUAUCGUCCCGUUCACAGGAAAUAAAACACCAACCUUUGACUUCAACUUCAGCUGAACCCCGACAAUCAGAGCUCAAGUCAGCCGGCCCAGCUGCACAUCCUGCUGAAGAAAAAGGAUCUCGUGGUUUUAGUGCGAACAAUUGUGAUGACUUUGAUGACGACUGGGAGAACGAUGACCUGCUUAAUGACUCUUUUGUGCUGGCGAUGACCCAGAAUCCUGACCAGCAACAUGACACCCGCCCUAAAACCACCAUGCAGUCUAACACUAAGACAAACACUACUCAGUUCACCUCCGCUUGGAAGCCUACUGCAAAUACGAACUCUGCACGUCAGCCUUCAAACUUGCAUUCCAAGCCAAGCUGCAGUGCACUCCAGGAACUGUGUCCCAAGCCAAAGACUACCAACCGAAGCACUUUUAAGUUAGAGCCCAACCCUCACUUCCAGCCCAAGAUGGCUGCCAAGGAGGCUUCCAAGCCAAGCGUCACUUUUAUACAACCUCAAUCAAAGAUGUCUGACCAGAAAUCUGCUACCACAAAGACACUGUCUAUUCCUAUUCCUGACAAAAUCACUAAAGAUCAGAAGGGGACUCCUGUAGUUGCAGACAUUUCAGACAGCUUAUGGGAUGACGGGGACGAUGACGCGCUGUUCUACCAGGUAUGUGACAGCGUCGAGAGGAUCUCCAACAGUCAGCCGCAGCAAGCGAGCCCCAGCAGCUUCCAAGAAAAACAAGAUAUUGCUGUAGACAGACAGCGGAAAACCCCCGCGCAUCUGCCAACCGACACGUCCCGCUCCACGAGCGCCGGUGCCAGCGCUAAUAGACAGUCGCCAUGUGCUUUUGUUUGUUCGAACUCGUUACCGGGGAGCGGCAGUGAAACUGUGAACUACCAGGGAUGGAACAUUCCCAUGAAAGGUGCCAACAACAAAUCACGGAUGUCUCAGAGCCUCCCAGGAAGCCGCGUGAGUCUGGGCACAUUUAACCAGCGUAGGGAUUCCUCUGGAACUUUCCAGGCUGGGAAUGUGGAGAUGAAGCCACAUCCAGUGACAGCCAGGGCACCGACCCAUCACUCAGCCUUCAAGAGGAAUGUAUCUGACUCAGCAGCUAUAAGCAACAAAGUUUUUGUCACGAGCCAGAUGACAUUGAAGUGCUCUGCGGCCGAGAUCGAGAGGAAGAAACAGGAGGCCUUGGCCAGGAGGCGACUGCGAAUGCAGAACGCCUCAAAACCAUAGAGGAGCUGCUGAAGGGAUGUUAUUGUAGUGUAAUAAGUUACAAACCUCAUCAUUCCAUACCCUCCUCAUCGAGAUGUUACCGAUGAUAUCAUGUUAGUGUUAAUAGUUCAGUAUUAAAGAUCUAUCACAGAAAGGACCUUGUGUCUAUUAAAAAGAAGUGAAUGUCUGUUGAAGAGCUGCUGGACGUUUUUGCUCCAAAACAUGUUUUCGAGAAGUUUGAUGCACAAAUGAAUGCGAGUCUCAGAUCUGGUGCUGAGAUAACAUUAAAAGAGAUUUUCAUUUGCUUUUUUUUUUCACAUUCUGACUAAGAAAUAGUUUCUAAAUGCUGACUAACACUUUUUCUGUUGUUUUCCCAGUGUUGUCAUUUCAGCUUUCUGCACAUAUUUUGGAUAGAAUUCUUUUCUUUUUGCUGAUGUUUGCUUUUGUUUACAAGUAGUAAAUAGUUUCAUCUGUGUUCCUUCUCAAACUGCAAUACCAAAAGGGCUGACAGACAUUAAAACACAGUGUGUUGAUGUUAUCUGUCAGACAUUGGAUGUCUACAAUUUGUAUGUGUUUGAUAAAACAGAUUAUGUGCCUUCAACGUCUAUUGAUGCAUACUUAAAAUGUUUGGCAGUAUUCAUAACUCUGUAAUCAAAAGAGCAUUGCUUUACUCCAAGUAAACUGAGACAGUAUUGAAACACAGUGUCGUACUGUAAAGGCAGUGUUUAUCUGUAGGCAAUUUAUUUUAAUAGCCACGCUAUAAACCUGAGUCCUAGAGGAUUUGAUCAGCUGUGUUAUUAAGGUAGAUCUGUGGUAAACAGGUGAGACAGCAAUCAGAUAAAACUGUUGGUGACCUCUUUGUUUGUCAGGAUGUUUAUGCCUUGUAUGAACAUUUUCUGUUUUCUAUGCUUUUGCUCAUACCUAAAACAAAGGAAGGAACAUUUGAGACUGUGAAUAAACUGCUGAAAUCAUA